AUGUCGAACCAUUCCAGCAGAGUCGUGGAGGCCGACAAGACGAUGGCAGACGCGGAGCCAGAAGUCACCGAGGCACUGUUCGAAGACGCGAAAGCCGACCUUCUACAGCUGCAAAUGAAGAUUGUUGCGCUUCAGGGAGCCAUUGGUGGACUGUGUGAGGAGAAGAAGAAUUCAACCGGAAUGGAGAAGAAGAAACUUCCAUUUCGCUUCCCCGAUCUUCCGGCUGAGCUUCGCAAUCGAGUGUACGCCUUUGCACUGGUCGACGGAAAGGUCAACCCGAGCAUCUCGAAGUUCGUCCUCCCACCGGUCACUCGUGCAUCCAAGCAACUGCGCACCGAGUCCCUCCCGCUCUUCUUCUCGGAGAACAGCUUCCAGAUCACAGUCUUCAGCAACUUCGUCCAGCGCAAGGAGACUCGCGACUUCUUCGCCACCCAGGCCUCCGGCGUCCAUGGCCCAAUACCCUCCCAGGCCAAAGGGCCCAUGGGCAGAGCCGGCCGUCUCAACAUCAAGGCGCCAGUCAAGAAGAUCAUCAGCAAAGCCGGCAACAGCGCGCUCUUCAGGGAGGUCACGUUCCAUGUCAUCUCAACCGAUCAGUUUACCGCCGCCCAAAAGAGCGAUCGACCGGUUCCUUAUUCCACUGCUCACCUUUCCCUGAGCGUGGACGGCCGAUCUGGAGUACUGGCCAGCUGGGAGAGCGGUGCAUUGCACCCGGACAAGCGUUGGUUUGCGGCAUACGCGAAGCAAGAUGUGGACGAAGCUCUGGAUGGCGCGAUCAAGGUGGCAUACGACAUCGCUGAGCGCGCGGAAUUUCGUGGAUUCAGCUUGCGGGAUCUGGAGAGGAUUGGCAAUGCGUUUCGGUUCCAGAUUGGAAUGCGCGCGUAG